UUUACUUCACAAUUUUCAGGUUAAAUCCGCUCACAGCUAGCUCUGUGUUGUGAAGUGGACUGCUAAAACUUAUCUUUUGCUGAAAUUCUGAUAGUUUAAAGUACUUAUUUCUCUGUUCAUUCCCUUACUUUCCACUAACAUUCAAGUGCUCAACUGUUCGACUAAUUUUCUUCUCAUGACAUGUCAACGAUGAAACAAGUUCCCUCUCAAGAUGAAAAUGAAUUGAAGUUGUAGUCCACACUUUUGACACGUGUUAUGACCAAAAUCGGGCAUUGAAACAGGAAAAUAUUUCUAGACACAAUGCUGGAGCCACGGAAUAGCUCGGACUUCCGCCUGGAGGCGAAUGACCCUCUAGAACUUCUGCAACUUGUCUCUUCUCUCAAUGAUGACUCCUAUCGUCGAAUUCAAGUCAAAAUCAAUGACUAUAUAAAGCAACGUACCGGUGCUAGUUUAGUAUUCUGUAUCCCGCUAGUCAAGUGUUCUGAAGAGGCUGUUGUCAGUGUAAUUGGAGAUGAAGUCCUGCCCAAAGAAGUCAGAUUUUCGGUCUCUGAGAACAUGAUCCUGCAGACGAUCAACAAGCGACUAUCCAUGACUUUGAAAUGUUCACUUUUAAGUGUUGAAAUGCGUAAGCUGUUGUUCAGUGCGUUUAAAAAAGGGAAACGGAAACGAGUCAGCGAAACGGAAGAUGAAGCCAACGAGGAAUUAUCGGAGGCUUCCAACAUCAUCGAAGACACUGUGUUUGAAGCCUCAGGACUUCCAGAGGAGCUGCUUAAUGUUCCUGUUGCCAAUUUACACGACAACAACAUUGCCCUAGUCUGCAGUAUUGCUCACAGCAAACAUUCCAUUGAAGUUACAACUAAAAUCGUACAAGAAUGUUUCAGGUAUUGCCUGAGUUUAGUUUUAAGUACCUUAAAUUAUGAAGAGGAAAAACGGCUAAGGAUCCAGUGUCAGCAGUUGCUUCAGGUUGCUAAAAAUCUGUUUAGCAAUUUAGGUGAUUUAGAUGACCUACUGAAAGAAAUUAUUAUAGAGGCACGUCGUUUGACCAACGCUGAACGCUGCUCUCUUUUCCUUUUGAAGGACGAUUAUUUGAUAUCCAAAGUCUUUGAUGGAGUUGCUUCUCCACAGGGUAACAAAGAAGUGAAAAUCAGAAAGAACGUCGGAGUUGCUGGUCAUGUUGCCACCAGUGGGAAAUUAAUCAACAUUCGCCGAGCUUACGACCAUCCGUUAUUUUACAAAGGUGUCGAUGAAAUAACAGGCUUCACUACUAAGAAUAUUCUAUGUUUUCCGAUCAUCCACAAUGAAAAAGUGAUCGGAGUGGCAGAACUGUGCAAUAAAAAAGAUGGCUAUCAUUUUGAUCUUUGUGACGAAGAAGUGGCGACAGCAUUUAGCAUUUACUGUGGUAUCACCAUUGAACAUGCCACAGGCUACAAGAAAACGCAGCUGGCCCAAGAUCGGAAUCGGCUGUCGAAUGAACUCAUGAUGUACCAUAUGAAGGUUCCCCAUGAAGCAGUUGAAAACAUUUUGAACAACUCAUUGGUUGAUAUCAGGAAAGACUUCAAUGAGUUUUCGUUCAAUCCUCGCUCCAUAGACUAUUCCGAGACACCAUUUUACUGUUUGCUCAUUUUUGACAAUAUGGAUUUCAUUGAGCACUUCAAAAUCAACCGUGAAACUUUAGUAAGAUUUUUUCUCUAUGUAAUGAAAGGCUAUCGAGAUCCACCAUACCACAACUGGAUGCAUGCCUUUAGUUCUGUCCACUUCGCAUACUUAUGUCUAAAAAAGUUCAACCUCAUAAAUAUCGGACAUUUUACCAUGCUGGAAGGUCUGGCCUAUGUCGUCGCUGCCAUGUGCCAUGAUAUAGAUCACAGGGGAACAACCAACUCGUUUCAGACAAAAACAAACUCUACGCUAGCUCACUUAUACAGCUCAGAAGGUAGUGUUAUGGAGCGCCACCACUUAUCCCAGACCAUGUGCAUCUUGAACACAGACGGCUGCAACUUUGCAGCUGACCUCAACCACAAGGAUUACGAACUCUUUCUCAAGCUGAUUUCACAAUUCAUUCUUGCUACGGACCUCUCGAACCAUUUCAAUGUGCUUGGAAAGCAAGAAAAAAUGUCCAAAGAAGGAUUCAACCCUGCAAGUUCUGAGCAUCGCGAGCUUCUCCGCUCCCACUUCAUGACGCUAGCUGAUCUGAGCGACCAAACAAAAGACUGGUUGACUGUUAAAAACGCUUCAUUACUUGUAUAUCAGGAGUUCUUUCUCCAAGGUGAUGAAGAGAAGGCGAUCGGAAGCAAGCCAGAUGUUUCAAUGGACCGGGAGAAAGCGCGUAUCCCAGAACUGCAGCUGCAGUUCUUACGAUCAGUCAUCUUGCCACUGGUAAAUGUUACUGUCAUCUUGUAUCCAACGGUAGGUUCAAUUUUAUUAGACACUGUGAAACUAAAUCUAACAUGCUGGGAGCGAACAGUGGAAAUUUUCUCCCGCAAGCUCUCUGAGGGGUCAACCAACAUAGAAAUUCUUCGGGAUCCUGAGAUUGAGGAGUAUGUAUUAUCGAAAGUAGGUCGGUUUACUGUUUAUUGUUCUAUCAGUAGUUAAAACUUUGUAGUUUGCAAGUGAGCAGCUCUGGAAGGCUCGAGUGGUGAAUGUAACUCUAGUUCCCCAAAGUUUCAUUGCUUUGUUGACUCCUGUUAGUGAAAAUUUUUAGCAGUAAUUUCUCUCCUUGACUUUGAGUAUGAUUGUAAUUUUUCACCACUCUUAAUAUGUUACAUAGAAACACGCUUUAUUGUAAUGAGAAAUCAGCUUUUCAGUACAUAGAAUACAGGUCCUCAAGAAUUUCUAGAAGAUAUUAGUGGAAUUCGAGUGCCUCAGAAAAAUUUUCCCUGUGCUUGGAGUCAGGCUCUCACCAAUUCUUCUGUGAUCAUGGUAACAAUUUCCAUUGAAAAACUGAUCAAACUGCUUCAUGGGAAUCCCACCAAUAUUCAUGAGAAAUUCUAAUCGAUCCUUUUUGGUGUCAAAGAUCAUCACAUUCUAUGAGUAAACUAUGUUUUUCCAUGUGUGAAUUGUUAAAAACUACUGAAUUUUUUUUAAUUUUACCGGUGUCUUGUAUUCAUUUCAUAGCAGAGGCUCUUGCGCCUUUAUAACUAAACUGGCUUAUAGCGAUAUGUAUGUUCUGAAUUUUGUUUGAAUGGAAAGUCAAACACUCUAAAAUGAUAAGUACCUAUGGAGUAAAUACUGGAUAACAUCAGCUACCCAGUCCAAACUCUCCAGAAAUUUUGAUGUAGAUUUUAUCAUAAUGGACACAGGGUGAUCGCACAAGAUCAAGAAAACACAGGACAUUAUUCUUUCAUACUUUGUAUUUUUAAAAGCAAAAAAGAAAUUUUUUUGAUAGUUUUAUGCAUUUCUUUGUAAAAUUUAAAGUGAACGUCUCCAACAUAUUUUCAUAGAAAAUGUCCCAGCUCAGAACAUGCUGUAAGAGGCAUAUUCUGGAAUGCAAUUAAAAGUUCUUCCAGUUCAAACUUCGUCAGAAGUGAGAAUUUUUGUAAUUGUUUUUACUCUUUGUACUUUCCUAUUUGCUCAUCCCUGUGAAUUUUAUCUUCCAUAUCUUUUAGGUAAUUUUACAUCUUAGUGUGAUAUUCUUUUUGUCUUGGAUGCUAGCUGGUGCAACGUUUAUUUGAUAAUCUGGUGUAGUUGUUUGGUAUCUAAUAGCCAAUUGUUUCUCCUGAAAUACUAAAUUUAAGUACGCAGUCUUAUACCCUUCAGUCUGGCGAAAAGUUUUAAAAACCUUCAGUUUUCUCUUCACUUAAAAAAAGUUGCCUCGUAAUCAAUUAUCUUUGUUAAUUUACUCUGGGAACUCUAAAUCCUGCUCUCCGACAUCUCUAGGUGAAAUAUUGCAAAGGAGUGAAACGCUUAAUACUUAAUGUAUUGAUGAUCAAAUAUUUGGAACUCAUUUUAAGAUAUCAGUGCGUGUCUUCUUUGAGUAUGAAAUUAUUGAUAGAGGUGUUCAAAUUAAUGCUUGUCGACACUGUUUGUUUAGAAAUACUAAUACACACCAAUGAGGCUUCUCCUGUUGGAUACAGGCGGCUCUAUCAGAACUACGCAAGUUCCAAGUCGAAACACUUGUGUGUCUCUUUCCGUAGGGUUGCUGGGCCUGUAAAACUGAUAUUCAUAACAACGGCUCAUUUUCGCCAGAUCGGAAAACUGGGGUAGCUAUUUUUAACCAUCCUCUUAUUGUUAUUAAUCUGUAAUAGAUAUGUUUCUAUAGCUUACUGAAAAUGGAUAAAAUACCCCCAGGUUUACAUAGAGAAGCCAAAGUUCUUUUUUCAUGAUUCCAAAUUUACUCAAGUUUUUAUUCUUUUCUGACUUCAGCUGGAAAAGUUUUCUCUUGAAAUCAGAGGUGUCGAUGAUAAUAUGAAAUAAUUUUCUGAUUUUUUUUUCAAAUUUCUUUUUUAUUGGUCACAAAUUUAUUACAGUUUUGAUUUUUUUUCAUUUUUAACAAUGUAACAGUCGUCCAAAAGCUGUCUAAAAUUAUUAUGAAAUGGUAAUAUUAUUUACUCCUCUUUUAAGAUGUAACCAUCAUUUCUUAAAAAAGGAACAGUUUCCGUGUCGUAGUGUCCUUGCCUUAUUCUAUCAGUAUUCUUAUAUAUUCCUGUCUUGGAGGUAAUACUUCUAGUGUUUUUUAAUGAGCUAUCUUCUUUGGCAGGUUUGGCAUCUAAGAAUCACCUGUCACCAAUGUCAUUAAGUUUCGAUCAAUUUCCUCAUGUUCAUUAAUUUACACUCUAACAAUGGUAAAUCUAUCUUCAGCUCUAAUCAAAAUUUAUUUUUUUAAAGGAAAAGUCAAUAAUUACUUUUAAUUUACCUAUUUUAAUUGAUGGAUUGGCCAAAGAUCUGCUGUAAUCAUAAACAAAUAUUAAUAAGAAAUAAUAUAUUUGUGACCAUCUACAGGAAAAGGGAUGUCCAUCCACGGAGGCCAAAUUUAUUGCAGGAACAUUUUUGUCAGGCUUAACGGAAACACAGAAUUUUGAGUUUUAAUGGGAAAAGCUCUUUAGCGUCCUGAAGAAUAAGUUGCCAGCAGCUUGGUUCAUUUUUCACUGAAAGAAAGAGUAAAUUCUCAUGAAAAUAUGGCAAUUUCGUACUGUGGACAUUGUACGAAUGUUAGAAAGCCUUUUUUCAAAAGUGUGUUUUUUUAACUACAAACUUCAAAUUGCUAAAACUCCAGUUUGGUUUGAUAUCCGUGGAUGUUUAUUGUCCCAAAAUGUUUGUAGAACACUUCGCUUGACUCGGGUAUUAAUGACCCAAUCUUAAGUUUUUAUGCGCUAAGAUCCUUUUUUCUGUGGGCGGUCACAUAUGUUGACGAGCAUUUAAACAGAAAAUGUUUUUAAAAUUUUACCCUACAUGAAAAAUUAUUUUUUCCAAAUGUAAGCAUCGUUUUAUUUUACUUAUGACAUUUAUUUACACCUAUCUAUGCAGGCCCAUUGAAAAACUGAGCCGACGAAUUUAUGAAAUGCAAUUUCCAGUUAGGAAAGCUAAUUUCUUGUGAUUCAUCAAGUAUCAAUUUAUGUCCAGAGUUCUUACAAUUUUAACCAAGUAAACUUCUUCUUAGAAUAUACGCAUAAUUCGAUUAUCAAAAUUAUGGAGGGAAACUGAAACCCAAUUCAUACAUUUUACUCUAACCUCCCCCCCCCCUCCUUAGUUCUACAUCAAUAAUGUUUUAAUUCUCAAAAUCCUGUGGGAAUUACUCUUUCAUUUGUUGAUAAUUAACUGGGGAAAAAGAUUUUUGGUGUUUUUUAAAAAUCAAAACUUAAGCAACUCUGCAACUUUUGACACAGAGUGUUUGUUCAGAUUUCUUUUCUUUUUUCCUUUUGUUAUAAUUUGUCAUCUGAAAAAUGUAUACAGUAAUGUUUUAGCUCCAAUAAUUUCAUAGAGGAGCAAAACAAAUGACUUUAAUGUUUCACUUUGAGUGAAAAGGGAAUCAAUGGCGAGACUCCUGAUUGAUGUCGGUACUCUAUUGAGUGAAAUUUUGCUACAAAAAAAGAUAACUUAGUUGUCCAGUUUAUACUGUAAAGUGUAUCAUGCUUGUUGUCUCAUAAAAUGCCAUUUAGACGGUGUUGCAUAAUAGGCAGGUGGCCCAACCGCAUGAAAAAAGGAAACAUAAGAUCUUACGUUUUUUUAAAUCUUUGCUUAGGACUUUUGCAGCUUUUUAAGUAUAAAGUGAAUGUUAACUUUUUAGUGUUUUAGAAGCUAUUAUGAUUAGCAUCAUUCCACUUUUGCCAAAGGAUUCUACUUUUACAUUGCAGCAAUCCAAAUGGUGUUUCACCUCCAUAAUUUUGAAUCCUUGCUAUCUAUACUCCUAUUGUGCCCCUACUUAAUUAAUAGUUGUUUUGCAAGCUUUAAUUAUUCUUAUUUGUUUUCUGUACUUUUGUUUUCUAUAUUCCUCCUUUGACUUUUUUCUUUGAUUCACUUUUAAAGCCUUCAUGUAUAUUUAAGGACUUUUGUAGUGUGUAAUUGUGAUCUUCGGUGCUGUCUAUUGAGUAGAUUUCACUUGUAGACAAAUCUUAUUCCAAUAUUGAAAGUUUAUUUUAGUUGAUAAAAAGAUUAGUUUUCAAAGUAUUAUUUAAUUAAUAAUUCCUAAAAGUCAACAAACACCAAAACUUAGGCGGUUUCUCCUCAGAAAUUGUUAAAUCGCCGAAAGGAACCCAAAAAUUGAUGUCGAGUAUUUGGUUAAUCUGCAUUGAUAAACCAGCUUUACGUAAUGUAUUGAGUGCAAAAAUAUACCAAACCGUUGAAGAUCCGAACAAAAGAAUUUCUGAGUUCAACUUAAAAGUUGGCAGGCUCUGAAGUGGGAGAGGAAGAAGAGGAACAGUUGUGGAGGAACUGCCUUUUACAGUGUCACUAGCUUUCAGUGGUAACCUUAGCGGUAACUCUACUAUUGAACUGCAGAUUACACGAGCAGUUUCAUCAGUGUUCAUCUUUCAAUUCUGUCUGUUCAUCUAGCCCAUUUUUUUCCAUGAGUAUCUUUAAUGGUGUAUAAUCCAGGAUGAUGAACUUAUGAUACAUCAGUGAAUCCAGUAAUUCGCUCAUAAAUAGGUCCUGAGAUGAACUAAGUUUCGAAAGUUGGCUAAAUCACUGUCCCUGAAAUCAAGAGAAUAACCGUGUGGUUUUUUCCUUCUCAUUUUUCUGUCUUAGUUUAUUUCUCGUUAUUUUCGUUUCUCACACAAAAUUUUAUAGAGUACUAAAAUCCAGUUGUGAGGCAUGAAUGAUCGAUUAUUGAUAUUUCUUCAUUUGAAGCUGUGGUAACUGAAAUGAAUCAAUCAUUAAGGUGUUCGUUGCAAACACCUUGUUUAUUGAUCUUUCUUCUACGUUUAAUUGGCAGAUUAAUAGAUAUAUCGUAAAGCACGCCACGCCACUGCUAAAGUCAUGACCAACUUUUAUUACAAUGUACGGAAGUAUGUAGGUAUAUCCAAAAUAAUUGUUUAAAAAGUUAAAUGACUUGUUCCUAAUAACUCUACGAUUUGUCAAGAAUAUGUAAUGAAAA